UGGCCACCCGUCUACGAGGACCAUGCGGCUGUCGGUGGCCUCCAAGGCAACAACUGGCUCUGCACCAGCCUCUCCUUCACCAAGGUCAUCUCCGCGUGCUUCUCCACGGCCCACGUCGUCUUCGCCUCUGCCCGCCGCCUCCUUGUCUUUGGCGACCAACACGGCUGUGCUCUCCACGCCCGUGGCCAAACGCUCGCUGCUCACCGUGCCCACCCCAGCGCUCUCUCCGCUCGACUCGCUCGUCGCUGCUGCUGCCUCUGCUGCGGCAUCGGUCCGCCCUGCCGUCCCCUCGCGCAAGACCUCACCGGCUGCCACCCGCAAGCGGAAGCGGGCCGUGAGCAAGACGGGCGCCAAGGCCAAGACAAGGACAAAGACAAAGACAAAGACAAAGGCCAAGGCCGCGUCAAAGGCAAAGACAAAGUCGGCUGCGACCGCAAAGUCGACUGCGACUGCAAAGUCGCUGGCAGAGGCCAAGUCGGCUCGCAAGCGAAAGCGCGUUUCUGACAAGGCGGCCGAUGAUGCCGCGGCGGCCGGAAAGACCAAGAAGCCGCGGCUGUACGGCCUCGUCAAGCGUGUCGAGGGCAACCGGUAUCGUACGCCCGACGGUAUCACCUUUGAGCGCUCGUACCAGGCCUAUCGCCAUCUGAGCAAGCUCAAGAAGGAGAACCCGGAGAUUCUCGGCUCGCCGCAGCCGGCUCUUCCCGCCAACACCGUCACCGUCCCGCUCCACACCCGCUACGGCGGCCAAGACUCGCCGGUCGUUCUUCUUGCCGACUUUGCUUCGGUGCCCGACAACUGCGUCCGUCUCCUCGGCGCUUCGAUCGCCACCUCGCCCAACGCUGAUGGCCGUUCGCUCUACGCCUGGAUCAAGGCCUGGAAGGCCGACGCCGGCGUCGCCCUCAACCCCGACGCUGACGCCGGGUCGCAAAGCCCACGCACACUCUCGCGCGCCUCAACCGAUGUGGCGUCCGAGUCCAAGCCUGCCUCCGACUACGACCCCGACGCCCUCCUUGCCCCGACUACCCUCGCCCUCAAGCACACUCCCCAGAGCAUACGCGAUGCCGCUGCGCCGCUCACCGGCGCCCCAGUCCUUCUUGCCUCGCAUCUCGCUGUCUGGCGCGCCACGCGGACUAGCUGGAGGUCCCGGGCCGCCAACUCGAUCGCCGCCGGCGAGCUCGCCUUUGCCGCCCGCGACUCGAACCAUUCGUAGCAG